GAACUACCGCAUAAGCUCUACAAAUGCCGGCGAAUUCCACAUACGGAAUAAUAAUUGAAUUUCUCUUCUAGCAUUCAUCUUCAAAAAUAUGUGAUGGUAAACAUGUUGCUUAUGCUUAAGGCGGAUGGUAGUUGGGACAACUCAUACCUUUUCUCUAACAAACGAUGUUUUGGCUUAAUAGUACCUGAGGGGACAUUAUAUAAUGACUUUACUUCUAUGGUUUAUUCAUGCAUUGAUGAAUCUGUUACCAAUACAAGGCUUAAGAUUCCAUACCUUGUAGAUGCAUGUCCACCUCCUAUGCUUGUUAAUGACGAUUCUAGCUUGGGAUUUUACUUGGUUUUAAAAAAAAUGACAGUGUCUAUGAUAAGUUUCCUUUGUGUAUUGAAUUGUUUAUUGUUAAUUCUUGUGUUAAUCAACCAAUGUCAUGUAGGGAUUCUGCAUUUGUUGUCAAUGUUUCUUCCAAGUCACUAACGAUUAAUGUCCUACAACAAGACAUGUCUGCCAAUUUUCUUUCAAUUGAUCUCAAUGUAGCUGCCUGCCAAUUUUCUUUCAAUUGAUCUCAAUGUAGCUGCCACUGCUUCACUUGAUCUCAAUGUUUCUACUGAUUUUAAUCAGUCCAUGACUUUGGAAGUUACACAUCCAUCUUCUAAUGAAGUCUCAGUUUCAGGUUGUCCUUUUGAUCUUUUAAAACGUGAUUUAAUAGUUUCUAGGAGUUCUGGUGAUACUUCAUCAAGUUAAGUUGUUAGUUAGGAUUCAAUGGUCAUUUGGAUUCAUUUUUCGUGGUUCCUGAUUUUGAAGUUAUUUCUCACUUCCAUCCAACUCAUAUAGCCAGAGAUGCCAUAUACAAAACUAAAAAGGCUUUAGAUUACCAUUUAAAGGGUUUUUGCCAUUUCAAACCAUUUUCAAUAUAAGAACAAAACGUCAACCAAGAAAGUAUUGCAUGUUAUUUGUGUUGAUGUUGAGAAAUGCAAGUGGGCUGUUCGUGGAGUGAAAUUGUCUGGAAGUAACAUGUUCCAAAUUAAAAGGUUCGACUCUGAUCAUACAUGUUCCAUUGAUUUUAGGCAAGGUCGACAUCGUCAAGCCACAUCUGAUGUUAUUGUAGAGCUUAUUAAACACCGAUAUGCAGAUGCAUCUCGAAAAUCGUAUGCUCCUAUUGACAUUAUUGUGGACAUGAACAGAGAUUAUGGUGUGACGCUUCCUUACAAAAAAACAUGGAAUGCGAAUAAAAAGGCUCAAAAAAUUAAUGGGGUCAGAUUAUGGCGCAUGUUCUGGAACAAAAAAAAAUCAUGCUCAAAGAUCUCACUUAUUAUUGAUUAUCAUGAUCAUUUUAAGUAUUUCUUCAUGUCAUUGCACCCAUGAUUUGAAGGCUGGAAACAUUGUGUCCCAGUCAUUAUUAUUGAUGGUUCUUUCAUGAAGUGUUAUUAUAAAGGCACCUUAUUAACUGCAUGCGCUCAGGACGCUAAUGACCAUAUAUUCCCG